UUCGAAUGGAACAGACAAUUGGUUUGUGAUUCGGUUUCGCGCUACACCGCUUUCCUGUUCGUACAUGUAUCUUUUUAAUACGUAAACUAAACGUUCCUUUAUUAAGUGUAGCAGCAGCAAUAGAUAGUUGAAUCCGUGACCCGUAAGUGUUCAAAGUUAGCAGCGAUGGAUUACAACGAGCAGAAAUUGAUUAAAAAGAAAACAAAGUACGCCCACGACAGCAAUUAUGCGGCGUUGGGCGAAACGUGUAUGCUGUUGGGCGCAUUUUACCAGGACCGGGAAGAGCAUCGGCGUGCCUUGAACGAGUACAAACUCGCGGCUCAAGCGUACGAAAAGCUAAACAAGCGGAUGGAUCGAGGCCUUGCGUUCCGGAUGGCGGGAGAGAUGCAUGCCGCGCUAGGGCAGUUCAAGGAAUCGCUGCACAAUGUGCAAGCGUAUAUGCGCGCAGCCCAGCGGGAAGGCAACACAAAGGAUUUGCAGGAAGCACACACCACGCUCGGGCGCGUGUAUCUGCAACGUGCCGAAUCCUACCAACGGCAAGGCAAAACGGUCGAAGCGGAGGAGGAUUUAGCCGAAGCGGAAAAAGCGUUUCGUACGGCACUUUCCAUCUGUGAUGAGCUGAAACGAACGCUGCCCAAAAACGAACUGUCCAACAUGAUGGCCCGCGCUUACCUGAACCUCGGCAUAACGUUCGACUCACAGAACCAACGGGGCCCGGCGAAGGAAAACAUGGAACGAGCCAUCCAGCUUGCGAAAGAGUCCGAUCUGUUUGAUCUGCUCUACACAUGCUAUAACGCGAUGGCACUCUCCUGCUCGCGGUGGGAAGAAACGGACGAGCCGGGUGAAUGUGGACAAACGUUACGACUGCUGAACCUUAGCCUGGAGGUAGCGUCAAGGCUUACGAAUCGUGCCUCGAAAAUGUGUCAAACGUUGAUGCUGAUGGCCACGUUCUUUCUGAAGAUGGACGACUUUCAAAGCGCGCGGCAAACGUUGAAGCGGGCGUACCGGCUGAAGACACCCGUGGCGGCCGAUGCAAAAAGGAUUGAGCUGAAGCUGAAAGUGCUUGUCGCCAUGUGCCGCAUGGAGGACGAGCUGAUAACGACCGAUGCGACCAAUUUUGCCCGCCGCAAGGCGCUGUACGAGCGCAUGGGAGACGGUGCUUGUAAGCUGCGCAACUUUGGCAAGGCGAUCGAAUACUACAAGCUUAUGUUGCAAAAUGCCGAGUCGCUUGGUGAAACCGAUCGUCUGCUCAUACCUUGCUACGUGAGCCUGUACCAAACGUACAUCGACAAUCGGCAGUACGAGCAGGCACUCGAGUACCUUUGGAAGGAGCAUGCAAUCAUUAGCAAUGAGCCCAGGGAAGCAUACGACACGCUGAUGAAGAUUGGCAGGCUGUACGAACGCCAGCAGAAGUCAUUCUUCGAAAUGCAGAGCAUCUAUCUGCAGGCGAAAGAAGAGGCGAAGAAGCUGAAUUCAAUCGACCUGCAGCGAGCGGCCGUGCAGCGGGCGGUCAAGAUAUUGCGCUCCAACUGCAUGGACAUGAUGGCGGACCGGAUGGAGAGCGAUGCGGUGACCGAAGGUAUAACGCUUGCGGAUGGUCGGUCGGUGGAACCCGACAGUGAGGAGUGGCCGGAGGCAAACCAAUCAUUGGAUCUGGCCGAUUAUGAGGCGGAGGUGGACGAAGAAGAACCGGACCACGACACACCGAACGUCGGGGAUGAGAUCGAUCUCGAGGUUGACCUUUCGGAUGAUUGCGAUGCAGAUCCGGCCCUAACCAUUGGCGAAGACCUUAACAAUUCUUCCACAGCGGAAACGUCACGUGCCAGGAAGCGUGGCAAACGGUUCGCCGUGCGUCGCAAUAAGAAGGGUGAAACGCAGCUCCACCAGGCGGUCAUCUCGGGGAAUCAAGCGUUAGCCGAGCAGCUGCUUCAGCUGGGCCACCCGGUAAACGAGCGUGACUAUGCCGGAUGGCUUCCGCUGCACGAAGCCUGCAUCCACGGGUACCCGGAAAUCGUCACGCUGCUGCUUAACCGUGGAGCGCACAUAAACGAUAAGGGUGGUACGAGCUGCGAGGGAAUCACACCCCUGCACGAUGCCUGCCGGAAUGGGCACUUGGACGUGAUCGAGGUCCUGUUGGAUCGGGGUGCAAACGCGACACAGCGUAACGAUUGCGGCGAGACGGCCCUUAGCAUGCUGGACGGGUGGUACGAAAAGCUUAGGGUCCCGCUAACGCCCUCCGAGGUGAGCCAGUAUGAACAAAUUCGGCAGCGGCUGGUAACACAGCUCGAUGUGGCCGCUAUACCCACAUCACCAGCGAAAACUGCAUCACAAAAGUCGGCUACCAACAGUUCUGCCGAAAAGCAAGUAUUCCGGCGACAUUUGUCCAACAGAAACUUGGAACCCACAGUCUCCUCCUUGUCAUCACCUGUUGCACCGCGAUCGGCAGCAGCAAACACGACACCUGUACGGCACCGCAACGUUUUAUACGAUGACGAUGAUAACGAUCGAUCGGGCAGUCCGGAAUACUCGCCAGUGAAGGACGAUAGAGGUUACGAAAGCAGAAAAAGGCGCAAGUCUACCUCGUCCGGAGUAGCUGAGUAUCUGAGCGUGAUGAAAUCGUUUCGUAAAAAUGUUCACUUGGAUGGUGCAUCGCCCAAGCCUGCUUCUUCCUCCCAGAAGAGGCGCCAAACGUACCGAUUUGUCGAUGAGGACGAAAGUGAGACGAAAAAGGACGAUCGUUGGUUGGUCGACGAUCUGAAACCGACGGCAAAGAAAAGUCGUGUCAGUUGCGACUUUCUAGUGGCAUCGCGUGCAGGUGGAUUGGAAAGAAGUAAGUCUUCCUCUUGCUUAACAGACACACCUACCAACGAUCAGCCAGCUAAGGGCAGGCGUGUCGAACUUUCCACCCUUAUCGAUUCGGACGAUGAAAAUCCUUUUGCGAUGCAAGUGGAUAGCGAUAACCGUUCGCAGCAGGAUGGUGGCGUGGGAAGCGCUUUCAGUGUGAUCAUGAGCAAUUCGGCGCGAAGCUUUCGCAGAACACAAUCCCGACGGAAGUCGAGCGAAUCGCGAUCGUUCUCGUUCAGUGGCGGCCGACGAUCCUCAACCAGUCAGUCAUCUCUACUCGAUGCUGGCUUCGAGCGCGUUGCUAGCCCUACGCCGGCAGAAGAACAGGAAAAUUGCAUCCCCGAGCAGGUCCCAUCACCGGCUAAAUCAUCGCCCGUAUCCUUCACGCCACCUGCAGUACCGCCCGUGCGGCAGAAACUCACUGUUAGGGUGAUCCUCGACGAGAGCGAAACGUACACGGUGCAUUGCGACGAGAAGCUGAUUGCUUCGACCCAAACGGUUGCCUGGUUACGGAAUGCGGUUGCUACGCAGUACAUGAUGAAGCACGGUAAACGUCCAGCGAUUCAACUGAGUCCGACGGAAGGCUUGGACACGUGGGACGACUCCGAUACGGUCCAAACGCUGCAAAAUCAUAACUCCUCCGGUGGAACCACCAUCGUCCGAGGCAAAGUGAGCGAUUGGGAACAUAUCGAUUUGGGACAGUUUUACGACGAGUACUGCCAGCAACAUGAGCUUGAAACCAAUACCGGCUUUCGAACCCAGCUCAUAAUGAUGGACCGAACCACAGCGAUCGUGCUGAAGCCCGAUUUUGCCUACAGCUUUCGUUCCGUGUCCAUGCCACCGCACCACAUACUGUCCAUCGUGCUUAUGGUGGGCUUUUUUCAGCAGGACUGGCUGAAACACUUGGAACUUUCGAUGAACCGCAUCACGGACAAGGAUGUUGCCACGCUUGUCCGCUAUCUGCCAGCCUGUCGGCAGCUUCGCACGCUACGGUUGCAAAUGAAUCUACUCACCAAAGAAGCGGUUGAGAUGCUUUGCUUCGGUUGCACCAACCGGACGGAUACGAUCGUCGGUGUGGAUGAAGCAGCAGCAGCAGCAGCACGCAACUCAACACCACUUGGCGGUGGUUUGCUAACCGAGCUAGACCUCAGCAACAACCCGCUGAAGGAUGAGGCACUCGUGCCGCUCAGCCGGCUGUGUAGCAAUUUACCCUGUCUGCAGGUGUUGCGUCUCUGCUCGACGGACAUAACGCACCUGCCCGACGGCAUUGACGUCAAACGCAUGCAAACGCUAGACGUUGCAGAAAAUCCGCUCACAGACCGUUCGGUCAGGCGGCUGUUGCAGCAGCUGGGCGAAGGUGCGAUGCGUGAGGCACACUUUAAAUCGCUUCCCGUUUACUGUAGCAGCUUUAAGCCGGUACUGUGGCAAACGCUUUCCCAUCAACCGAUCGCCAGUUUGCAGAUGCUCAAUCUGGUCAACUGUCGGCUGUCGGACGAGGAGCUGGAAGCUUCACUGCUGCCCGGCAUCGCGCGUAACUGUCCCUCGUUGACAAAGCUGGAUUUGUCGCUGAAUGUUCAGCUCACGAAACGCUCCUUUCUGGCCGUGUUAAAAAGCUGCGCCGGGGCGGUGUUUGCACUGCAGGAAAUACGCUUCGAGCAUGACGUACAGCUGUGGAACGAUAUGGAAACGUCCGAGUCGGCGGAGCAAUUGCUCGAGGCAAUCGCGUACAGCCCCAGCGUGACCUAUCCCAGGCAGAUAGUGACCAUUCUGCCCGCGUACGGGUAUAGUUCGGAACGGUACGGGAAGCUGCUAGCCGUAAUCGGGCAGCUGUGGCAUGCGCUGUGGCCAUCGGGUCAGGCGUACACAAGACGGCACGCCGACAGCUUACAGGUAACGCUUGGCGUUGAUCCAAUCAACAGAUCUGCUAGCAAGGAUUAGGAUUCGUUCGAACCGAUGAAAAUGAUACUGUUAAAAACAUUUGACUAUAAUUUUAAAUAAGUACAAAACACCCACACACACACAUUCAUACAUAGAAAAAAACCUAUAUUGAGAUAUCUUUUCAAAGCGAUGAACAAUUCCGAACGUUUGAUGCUUUGUCCAAAUACUGUCGUGUUGUGAGUUACUUCGCUCUCUACCCUUCCGUUAUGGCCGCGGUUAAAUAAGCAUUGAAAAUCGUUAAUAAUAUCUUACGCAAAAGGGCUUUUGCGGUACCGUGGCUGCGUUCUGAAACCGUGGACCACAUCUUGGGUCACUCAUUCGUGUAAUAAAACCACCAUCGUAAUGCACCGCCGA